AUGGAUGGAGAGAGAGAACACAUCCUUCACGACUGGCAAGAUGAGAUUCAUGUUCGAUGCCUAAAUAUUCCGAAGAAAUUAUACGAUCAUCCAGAAUUCUUACGAUAGAGGUGAAAUUCUUGGAAUCGCCAGUGUGGCUUCUGGGACGAGCGUGAACUCGCUGAAAAAUCGAGGACAAGGAAUUUUACAAAAAAUGGAGCAGAUGCCACGAUUUUCGUGGAUCGGUUUCUGUGUUACACCAGAAUGGCGGAAUUAUCAUUCCUUUCAACCUUUUCCACAGGGCCAUCUUUGA